AUGGGCGUAGCAGAGAACCAGACAUAUGGCGGGCAGCCUCCAUCAGCCGUCGCCUCACAACCGACGUCUCGCAAACGCAAGGCAGACGCGGGUCCCUCAAGCAGUAAACAAACCUAUGGCGGCGCUGAAGUUGUCGACCUAACUGCGGACUCACCACCCAAGAAGCGGAAGAAGCAACUACUUGACGAACAAAACGCAGCCUCAUUGCCCAAGAAGCGCAAGAAGCAGGCAGUCGACGAAGAAAAGCGUCUCCGACGAUGGCGCAAGAAGGCACCUCAAAGCUACGCAGAAAUCAGAGACCGCGCUCUCACACAGCGAAUGUACGUCCUCGACCGCCAACGCAACGACGCCUACCCGGAUCACCCCAUCGAGACCAUCUCUUUAGCCGGAACGACUGGCAACGUCUACUCCAUCACCAUCGACAAAGUCCCCUCCUGCAACUGCCCGCACGCCAUGAAAGGCAACCAGUGCAAGCACAUCAUCUACGUCCUCGCGCGCGUCCUGCGUGUGACGGGGGAAAUGGAGUACCAGCUCGCCUUCAUCUCCUCAGAGUUGCGCGAGAUCUUUGAGCGCGCUCCGCCGCUGCCGUCCGAGCAAGCGGAGCAGUCGGCGAAGGAUGGCAAUCGCAAGGAUGUGGAGGGCGAAUGUCCGAUCUGCUGUGUCGACUUCGAGCCGGAGGAUGGCGGUGAGGAAGUGGUGUUCUGUAAGGCGUCUUGCGGGAACAACAUCCAUAAGCAUUGUUUUCAGCAGUGGGCGGCGACGAAGAAGGGUGGGAAUGUUACGUGUCCGUUCUGUCGUACGCCGUGGCAGGGUGAUGAUAGUGAUUUGAAGAAAGUUGCGAGGAGUGGAGAGGUGAAUGAGGAAGGAUAUGUGAAUGUGGCGAAUCAGUUGGGGUUGUCCGGUGAUCGCGACUACUCGACGUACCAUCCGUACUGGGUUCGCAAGCAGUUUGGUGGCGAUUGGUACUGA